AUGGGCAGUGCCAGGCAGAGCAGGGUUGGGCGCAGCGCCCGGGCCUCCCCGGCACGGCUGGACGCCUACCCGGCACAGCUUCCCGCUGGCGCUGACCCACGGCGCAGGGACUGGGUCGGACUGAUCCGUACUGGGAGCAGGGACUGGGUCGGACUGAUCCGUACUGGCCCCAGGCUGCUGACACAGCCCGCAGGGGGUCUGUCCUUCCGCCUGGACUCGUGGCGGGACGGGUACCACGCCUGGCCCCUGGGACAGAUGUGGCCGGAGCUCGAGGGAGAGGUGGACGCUGCCUUCGCCUGGGACGGACGCACCUACCUGAUACAGGGCUCCCAGGUCUCCAUCUUCCUCUCGGAGCAGGGCCACCGGCGGGGGCUGGGGGACCCCCGGGCUGUGCUGGCAGGGGACCGCAUUCGGCUGGUGGACCUGACGCAGAUGCCGCGGCAUGUGGGCGAGCCGGUGUUGCUGCCCCACGACCACGUGGACGGCGCCAUGUGCACCAACGAUGGCGUCUUCCUCUUCUGUGGCCCCAGCUACCACCAGUACCCCAGCGUGGCCCAGCUACUGGGGGCCCAACAGCCCGCCCCCCCGCAGAGCAUCGCCACCCACUUCUUCCACUGCCCCCAGUGA